ACCAGCAUCCGGCUCCUCUUCGAAACUCCAAGUCAAAACCAUUCAGUCUCUAGCGUAAACGGGCGUACUAUAAUUGCCUUGACAUGGCCAUCGGACCAGUUUCCACACCUCUCCGCCGCUCAAAACGUGGCCAACCAAUUGUCGCGGUUUCCGCAGACACUUUAGACUCAGAUGCCCCUCUGAACUUGCCAGAACCUGUGUUCAAGCGAACGACACGGUCAGAGGAUCUAUAUCAGGAAGACAUUGAAGCUCUCAAUAGACGGGAUGUCUCAAUUGAGGAUCUCGAGACACACUUCUACGAUAGACUCUCCAUGAGGAUGCAUGGAGUCAAGCGGACGCUGAAAACAUACGGAAAAUCACAAAGGGACCGUAGCUCGAAUGUCGCUGCUGAAGAUAUAUAUAAAAUUGGCGACGCUGUUCUGGUGAAAUCUGCAGCCAGGGAUCCAAGUGUGGCUGUCGUCGUUGCGAUUUGGAAUAUUGUCGGACCCGAAGUUCAGCAGAGUGUACGUGUACUUUUGCACUGGUUUCUAAGACCGUCCGAAUUGGCAGGAAUUCGUGCUGCGCGCAAGCAUGAGGAGAACGAAAUAUACUACUCAGUAUCUUCCACCGCAGUCGUACCUGCCUCGUCCCUUGUAUCAAAAUGUAUCAUCGUGACGUCCUCUGGCGAUCUUCCUGAGUCCGAUAGGUCAAGUCCUCCUCGCAAGUCCUCUUCGCGUAAACCUCAAACAACUCCAACGUUCCUAUGUCACACCUCGAUCGAUUCACGAUGUGGAAUAUAUUACUCUUUUUCCUGGGAAGACCUAUCGCGAAAUGCUCUGGGCAAUCCUGGAGAAUGGGGAUCAGCAGACGCUUGGAAUGUGCGCCCUGCUGAUGUCUCUCGCAAAGAACCACAUAUUCCCCAUACCCCCAAGAAGAAACGACGAAAGCUCAGCAUCGUUCCAGAGGAAGACCAGAAUUCUGAUUCUGAAGAACCAAGUUCGUCUGCAAAUGGCGAUGACGACUACGAAGAAACGCGCCACCUCAUUCAGUCGGAUACCUCCGACUCGGAUUCAUCAGACCUCUCUGAACUCUCCGAUGUCUCUGAAUCUGAAUCCGAUUUUGAUGAAACCUCAAGAACCCCAUCUCGAAAGCGCAAACGAACCACCUCAUUACCGUCCACUCCCCGACGUAAACGUAAGACCAAAGAUCUGGUAGCUCCCACACCUCACUCGAAAGCAGCGCUCCGCGCCCGAGCCCGACGGAAACUCACAGUUCGACCUCCCCCUGGUGCAGAUCGUGUCGACAAUCUAUGGUACUCAUUAGAGAAUAUCCCGGAAGAACCUUGGUUACGUGCGAUGCAUGUAUUACAUGUCGCCUCUAGACCAGAAGCAUUGCCAUGUCGAGAAGAAGAGUACGGAAAAGUUCUUCGUGCCGUCGAGGAAUUGGUAGAAGAGGGCAGCGGAGGAUGCGUCUAUAUCUCAGGUGUUCCUGGAACUGGCAAGACUGCUACUGUUCAUGCUGUCGUACGUGAACUGAAACGAAUGGCCGAACAAAACGAAGCUAAUCCCUUCACAUAUGUGGAGAUCAAUGGUCUUCGGAUUCCUGAACCCUCCGCUGCCUACGGCCUUCUCUGGGAAGCUGUCUCCGGCCACAAUGUAGCAAUAGAGGGCCACCUGAAGAUCAGCGCGAAGGAAUCUUUGAAAAACCUAUCUAGUUAUUUCAGCUCGCGUGAUCGUGCAGGACCCGGUGGACAUGCCUGUGUUGUUCUCAUGGACGAACUUGAUCAGCUUAUGACGAACAAACAGGAUGUCGUGUACAAUUUCUUCAAUUGGCCUACUUUAGUAGGAUCCCGUCUAGUCGUCCUCGCCGUAGCCAACACCAUGGAUCUUCCAGAACGCGUAAUGUCAGGACGAGUUCGGAGUCGACUGGGUAUGACUCGAUUUAACUUCCAACCCUAUACUACGGCACAGCUGGAGAAAAUCGUGAAAGCGAGAUUGACCAGCGCAAAGGAAGGCCUUCCAGCAGUUUCGUCUGACGUGAUAGCACCAGAUGGAAUCAAGUUUGCUUCUAUGAAAGUCUCGUCUAUUAGUGGUGACGCUAGACGAGUCCUCGAUAUUUGCCGGCGAACAGUGGAGCUCGUUCAGCCUUUCUCAAAGACAGCACGAAUAGAUGACGUCAAACGGGUCAUCAAGGACAUGCAGAAUAGUCCCACUGCUGCUUACAUUCGUGACUUGAGCUUGCAUGAGCGGAUAAUGCUCGCUGCGAUGUUGAAGUGUAUCAAGAGAGCAGGUGUGGAGGAGAUCCGCUGGGGUGAUCUCAAACAACAGCAUUAUGCAUACUUAAAUCUCUUGGUGGACUCUGCAGACCUCACGCGACGACCAUCACCAGGAGAACUGUCACUUGUCUUAGAUUCCUUGCUAGCAUCAAGAGCGAUGUUGUGUGAGGACGGACCUACAAUUGCCAGGAAACCCGAAGACGAUAAGAGAGUUGUGCUCAACUUGGAGCAAACAGAGGUGGGCAGGGUCUUGGGAGACGUAGGCGGUACCAAAUGGAAGAAUGCAUUGAGUAUCUGACAGGCAUACCCUGUCAAUGACCCUUAUAUACCGCGAUCAUUAGUUAUACCCUCACACUUGAGAUAUGACAGACCGCUUGAGGAGACGAGAGUACCUACUUCGGUCUCCGUGUUGAAUGCUCUCCGGGUUUGCCAAUCCGUCUCCCUGAUGUCACUUUGCCAUUCAGAACAAAGAAUUAUGGCAUUCGUAAGGUACGAAACGUUACAGAAAUUAUGAGUUCUGUGGUUCGUAAAG